AUGGGAGCCAAUCAGCUUCUAACUUCAGCUUGUUCAAUGAAGCUUUGACAAUAAAACCUGGAAGCUGAUUGGUUUCUAUACAGAGCUGCGCCAGAUUUUACUGUGCAUGGGAGCCAAUCAGCUCCUAACUUCAGCUUGUUUAACCCCCCUGGAGGUAUUCCUGAGUGUAUCUCGGGGUAAAGUUUCAGUACAAGCGGUAACCCCGAGCUACACUCGGGCUUACCAUGCGGCGCUGCUCUGCGAUCCCUCGAUCACUUACCUUGUCCUGCGCUCCCGCAAUGUCCCUCCUGCAGUGUCCCCGGCAAUGUAAACCGGCCGAUGCCGGCAUCUGUCAUCUGGGUUCCGUCCCCUGUGAGUGUCGGGACGUACGGGGGAGGAAUGGCGAGAAAUUUGAAAAUGACAAAAUGACAUUCACUAAAAUCAC